AUGAGCUAUCAGUCCUUCUUACGGUCGACCUCGGGCUCUGUCAACAAGGUUCCCUCUCCCAGCUCUAUCUCUCGAAAGCCUCCAGCUUCCUCCUCCAGUCCUUCUGCUCCACAGACGUCCAGUCCCUCUGUUCAUGCCACUGUCGCUCGAAUUCAGGCACCCCAUGCUAUAAAUACAGCCAGCAAUCCCCCCUUCACCCCUACGUCUUCAACGAAUUCCGCUGCUUCACCCUCUGCCUCCGCAGCGGUGCCCCCGACCGACCCCAUCAACCCCCCCCCUGCAGCGCAGACGUCCCUGACCAGAGAGCAGGUUGAUGCUGCCCUGAAGCAAUGUCUGGCUCUGCAAACCACUGCUACCACUCUGCACGAGAAGCGGCCAUUUGCAGCACUGCUUCUGGGCCCUGACAAUACCUCAAUCCUGCUGACACACUUUUCGAUCACACAUGUUCAACACGCGGAAACCGAGCUCGCCCGACUAGCCUCCGUGCACUUCUCUCAAAAGUUCCUGGCAACUUGUACUCUCGUAUCAACAUGGGAGCCUUGCGCCAUGUGUACUGGUACCAUCUACUGGAGCAAUAUCGGUCGUGUCCUGUACGCAGCCGGCGAAGCCAAGCUGAAGGACUUGACGGGAGGGGACAACGACGAGAACAUGACAUUAUCGCUACCUUGUCGUGAUGUGCUGAAAACUGGUCAGAAAGAGAUCGAAGUCAUCGGCCCUGUACCCGAAUGGGAAGAGAAGGUCGUUAAAGAGAGCGGGAAAUGGUGGAAAGAGCAUCAAUCGCCGGACACUGGUCGACAGCGCGAGGGUAGCGUGAACGGCAGUGUCAAGACCGGUAGCUUCUCGGGCGUCAGCCUUCGCCAAGGCACACCGACCACAUGGACGGGCGAGAGCAGUGUGCUCAGCAGCAUCAAUGAUGAAGGUGAAUAUACGGCCGACCUAGAUAUUGACUGGAUGCGAUGA